AUGACAUCCAGUGACGCCCCUUCACCGCUGAUUCUGGCCGGAGACUUUAUAGCGUCACCUCAUACGAACGAGGGAGAACCGUCACUUUUGCUACUAGAAUAUGACCACCGCAUCACUCAUGGCGACAUUACUUCACAACAUUUUCGCAUUCGACCACUCUUUAUGAGACAUCUUCCGUCCACCACACUCCCUGCCAGUCACAUCACCAUCCACACAAAAAUGACUGCGCCUUCCAGCAAGCCAGAUUCGGCAAUUGCUCGCAUUUCCAAUGUCAGAUCUGCAUCGACCAACGUGAACUCGUCUAAGACUUCGACCAACUCUACCAUGAGCCCUUCCAAGAUCUCACACAACUAUGGCAUCUCUCAACAGCCUUCCACACCUUACUACUUCAAGCUUCCUCUCGAAAUCUUCACCAUGAUCGCCCUGCUCUGCGAUGCUAAGGAUCUCCCCAACCUACGCCUUGUGUGCAAACACUUCCUCAGCUUCGCCACAAAGUCGUUUGGAGACGUUUGUCUCUCAGAUCUUCGCCAUCAUCUCACUAAGCCCAGUCUUGAAGACCUGGUAUCGAUUACGGCCCAUCACAUCUUUGCUUCUUGCGUCAAGUCUAUCAAAUUCUCGACCGCCCGUGAGACCGGUAUUAAUCGCUGGCGAAUCUUCGAUGACCUUGAAGAAGGAGAUUUUCGUCAGUCUGGUCAGCACGUCGACAUGCUCGUUGAAGCGCUAGGAAAUCUGAAGCGUUGUGGUAACUUGAAAGUCUUUCUCGGAUCUUUCGACAAGGUUACCAACGUGGUUCACACAAUCCUCAACAAAGGCCACGGUUAUGACAAAUCCUACGGAGUCAGCGAGACUGAGGCAAUGGAUGCUCACGGCACAUUCUCUGCCAUCUCCAAGGCCACAAGACUCAGCGAAUUUCCGUUCAAGUACAUAUCUGCCCACAUGUCUUCAACCGAAACUUUUAGACACCUGAGGGAUGUCGACAAGACCGAAAUCAUCUUCUCUGAUGGCUCAUUCCGUCUCAAGCCAGAUCUCAGCGUCAAGUUGGUUUUCUAUCAGAGCUUCUCGAUCCACGAAGAAAGCUUGGCUCUUACAAUCCAAACCGGCACUACAAGCGAGAUUCGGGUUGAGGGAUCCAGAUGGACGGUCUACCGCCGCCAGCCUUACCCUGUUAGCAAAGUCCUUCACCAUCUCGCCGCUAUUGGAGGAAUCUUUCACUACAACAGAUUCAAAUGCUUGACACUCAACAACAUGACCUUUGAAGCGGAAAGUUCUGGCCGUCUUCUCGCCCUGACCCGCCAAUCUUACCAACAUCUGAAGAUCUCUCAUGUAACUCUCUGGGACUCCAACUUCGACCCCGAACCAGAUCUAGGCAUCCGCUUCCUCACCCACUACAAGAAAUGCCUCGGCAUCGAAACACUUGAGAUCUCCAACUUAUGGCUCAUCGUUGGACUCCCCAGACACAACAAGGGUCACAGAUUCGCAAAGCAGAAGAUUGUCGCCAGAGAUAAAGUCGAAGUCCAGAGGGUCCUGGCAGAUCUGCUCGAUAUGGUUGAGGGCUGGUACAACAAGGUGCGUGAAAAGACGUCAAAUGACGAGAACGUGUCUCGCCAGACUCACGAGAGUGAAAGCGAGUCUGAGGACGAGGAAGACGCGGACUACGAGGAGAAUGGAUACUGGCUUUCUUCAAGAGACAAGAUCUUCAGGUUUCGAUAAGAUCUGAAACGCAAAGGGGAUCGAUUCGAGGUCAAAGGGAAGUGCUAGUAUCG